GUCAGAUUCGCUGGGGCUAGUCGUUUAUCGAGCCAGCGACCACCUCCGCGUCCCGAGUCCUCUUUCCCCUUCCACAUUUUCCACCACCGCUUCUGGUCCCCACGACCACUUCCCCCCGCGGGUCAACCCAGAGAGCGAUAAUGUCGACGCCUACGACUGCAACGGCAACGCUGCCUCACUACAACCCGCACCAUUUCCGCUAUUCCCAUCACCAGCACCAACACCAGCACCAACACCAGCACCAGCACCAGCCCCAGCCCCAGCACCAGGCGUACCCGCAAUCAAAUUCGUCUGCGUACCGCCCACCGAAUCCAAUUCUUCCUCCUGCCAGCCGCCUGGCCUACCCAUCUCCGGGCUACUCAUCCGCUGCGAGCCACACGCCGGGAAAUGGCGUAGCCGCAGGGCCGCCCGACCACGCGAGACUCGCUCCGCACGAACCGGCUGAUGGUGAUUCCCGACUCGACCACCUCUACACGACCAUGCCAGCGGCUCCAGCGGCCCAGCCUCGGGCAGAGCAACAACCACCCCGCAAAAGAAGGCGAUCGAGAGAGCCCGACUGGAAGGCCUUUUACAAAAAUGGUUUACCCAAAGAGAUCAUCGUCAUCGAGGACACGCCCGAGCCAGAGCAACCGGAUGCGGUCGCAGCCGCUUCGCAGGCGCUGACAAACGGCCGACAACACGCCGCUUCCAAUGGCGCACCCGGCUCCUCGGCCAAGAAGCGGAAACGGGAUGAUGAGCCGACACCCUACGAUCCCGUGCACCAUAGUGCUGCCAUCGGCUCCCAUACCCCAAGCAAGUCCACUGUCGCGAGCGACCGAACAAACUCGGCCAUCCACACCACGGCAGCGACCUCGCUUGGCUCGCUUUCGUCGAAUGGCCAGAACGGCCAGUAUGAAUACGAUUCACCAGCGAGCCAGAGGCGAAAGAGAACGACCCGUCAGCAGAUCGCCAACGAGGCCAGGCGUCGCGAGGCCGCGGGAUGUGUUGAUGCCCUCGCACACUAUCGACCGCCUCCCUUCCCUCCCAAGAAGGCUCGCGACGUGCACAUCAAGGUUAUCCCGGAUCCUCCUAAUGCCAAGAACGUCCGCGUCGACGAUGACGACGGCCACUAUAUCGUGGUCCCGGAUAACGAUCUGACCGAUAGGUACAAAAUGGUCAAGCUGCUCGGGCAAGGCACGUUUGGCAAGGUCGUACAAGCCAAGGACAAGGUCACCAACAAGUUCGUCGCCAUCAAAAUCAUCCGGUCUGUACAGAAGUACCGCGAAGCCAGCAAAAUCGAACUCCGAGUGCUCGAAACGCUUCGAGCGAAUGAUGAGGAGAACCGGAACCGGUGCAUUCACUUCCGAGACUGUUUCGACUACCGCGGGCACAUCUGCAUUGUUAUGGAUCUGCUCGGCCAGAGUGUGUUCGACUUUUUGAAGAGCAACAAUUUCGUGCCCUUCCCGAAUAGUCAGAUCCAGAACUUUGCCCGCCAGCUGUUGACCAGCGUUGCCUUUCUCCAUGAUCUCAACCUGAUCCACACGGACCUGAAGCCGGAGAACAUCCUUCUCUGCAACAACGAGUACCAGACGUUUACGUACAACAGGAAGAUCCCGUCGGCCAGCACCAACAACAGCAACCGCCAGGCUACCCAAAGAAAGGUGCUGCUCGACACCGAGAUUAGGUUGAUCGACUUCGGCUCGGCAACUUUUCAGGACGAAUAUCACUCAUCAGUCGUGUCUACCCGCCAUUACCGGGCGCCCGAAAUCAUCCUGGGGCUGGGAUGGUCUUUCCCUUGCGACAUCUGGAGCAUCGGCUGCAUUCUAGUCGAGUUCUACACCGGCGACGCCCUGUUUCAGACGCACGAUAACCUCGAGCAUCUGGCGAUGAUGGAGGCCGUCGUCGACGCCCGGAUCGACCCAGCGCUCGUCCAGCAGGUCAACAGGAUGACGAGGAACGGCGGAAACCCCGCAGCCAAGUAUUUCAAGCGUCUCAAACUGGACUAUCCUCUGCCAGAGACGACGCGCGCAUCUAGAAGAUUCGUCAAGGCCAUGAAGCGGCUGCCGGAUAUUAUCCCCCCAACUACCAGGUUUCUGCAACUGUUCUUAGAUCUCCUCCAGAAGAUCUUUGUCUACGACCCCGCCCGGCGCAUCACCGCGAAACAAGCUCUGGCGCACCCCUGGUUCCGCGAAGUUGCGCAUCCCGACGACGGAACCGAAGCGGCGCGAAUCCGUGCCGAGAAAUUGAAACUGCGGGAGCAGCGGGAGCGAGAGCAGCGGGAGCGGGAGCUGUCCGGGACUACCCUGGGUCCGUCGGGCGUAGACGAGAGGUCGGUAAGGAGGUGAAAUCAGAUGCAACAAACGGCAAAUGAUCUCUGCGGAACAGCCCACCAUGCUUGCUGUAUCAGCGAAGCGGG